UUUUUUUUCUAAUUUUUUUUCUUCUUUUUUAUGAAAAUGCACCAUCCUGAAGAAGAAGAAGAAUAUGACUAUGAAUCCUUGGGUGGAAAUACAACUAUGCUUCAAAAUGCAUUUGCUGGUGCUUUAGCAGGUAUUGCAGAACAUUGUGCCAUGUAUCCUGUGGAUAGUAUCAAGACAAGGAUGCAAGUGAUAUCAACUACAUCCAAAAUAACCACACAGGCAAUCCAAGAACCACCAGUGACACUUCGUAGUUUAUGGAAAGGCGUGAAUUCAGUCGUGUUAGGAGCUGGACCAGCACACGCUCUGCAUUUUGCCACGUACGAGUUUUGUAAAGAUCGUUUUGGAGCCAAUUCAACAGGUGGGCAUCAUCCACUCGCCAAUGCUGCAGCUGGUGCCUGUGCUACAUUAGCUCAUGAUACACUGAUGAAUCCCUUUGAUGUGGUCAAACAACGCAUGCAAUUACGCGAUUCAACAUACAAAACAAUUAGAGAGUGUGCACGCAGUGUAUAUUCAAAAGAAGGUAUUGCAGCAUUCUAUAUUUCACUGCCAACAACGCUUGUUAUGUCUAUUCCAUUUCAAUCUAUUCAGUUUGCAACAUAUGAAUUUUUCCGAAAGAUAUUAAAGACAGACCAAUAUGACCCCAAAACACAUAUUGUGGCAGGUGCUUUAGCAGGUGCCAUUGCAUCUUCUGUUACAAUACCAUUAGAUGUCGUCAAGACAUUGUUACAAACAAGAGGUACAAGUUCAGAUCCUAGAAUUCGUAAUGCUACUGGUUUCAGAGAUGCUUCAAAGAUUAUUAUGGAAAGAUAUGGACUGAAGGGCUUUUUUAGAGGAUAUAGACCUCGCGUAUUAACACAUAUGCCAAGUGCGGCUAUUAGCUGGAGUGUAUAUGAAUACAUAAAAUGGAUUAUCAACACUAGAAAUAUCACUGAGCAACAACAACAACAACAACAGAAAGAAAACUAUGUAUCUCUUUAACAUCUUUUCACAAUAAUUAUCAACCAGUGCUUGUAUUAUAGUCAUUUUGUCCUGUCAUCUUUAAAACGUUUAAUCGCAACAAACACGCAUACACACAUAUAUGUUAGAGAAGAAGAAGAAGAAAAGUAUCAAACCACACAAACAAAAGAAAAAGAACAAUUCGUUUGUAUAUACACCACUUUUUUUUUUGUUUUUUAUUUAGAGAAUAAAACCAUCUUUUUUUUUUUUAAUUUUAUUUUAUUUGUUUGAUGACAUCCCUUGAAGACACUUGAGAAAUCUAAAGUAUCAAACUCUUUACUAGUGGCAAGCU